GCCUGCGCGGAGCUGGCGUGGCGUCCCAGCCCCCAUAUGGUCCUUAUUACGCACCCGGUAUAAAAGCAGCACCGGUCUGGCCAGAGUCGCACUGUCUGGCCAUGGAGGGAAGCGUCCUGGUGUUUCUGCUCUGCCUGCAAGCCGGGCUGAUCGCGGGCUCGCCGGACUGCGCCGACGGGGGGAGGUCGCGGCGGGCAGAUGGGACGCCGUGCCGUAGCCUGCGGGCCGCCGAGGAGUCAGACAAAAUCCUGCCAUCACCACACCGGGCACCAUCUGGACACCUCUGGGCCGCCAGUCACGCGCAGCCAGUACGGCUUCAGAGGGCGAGGCGACAGACUGACCACCACAGUAAGAGGAAGAAGACAGACAGGCCUGGCUCCUUUUCCACGUCCAACGUCACGUGGAACCCCGAUUGGCUGAAAGGCACGGUGACUUCGGGCACAAAAAAUCACCUUCAAAAGGGAAGCAGUCACCAGAAAGUGCCCGACCACCACGAGGUCGCAUCCGAGACGAGCCAUUCCGAGCCGCCCCACCUGACGGAGUUGGAGAGAAGACAGCAGCCCGUGUUCAGGAAGAAGGCCAGGAAGAAGCCUCGGGUCGGGUCCUUCUCGCUCCUCAGCCACACACAGGACAUGCCCCCAAAGGUCACCAGAGUCAGAAGGCAUCUGAGCAAUCAGAAGAAAAGGAAUCCGGGGAAAGGAUCUCCGAUUGGCCACGUGCAAGGGGAACCCAAGAGGAACCACAAGAAAAUCACCUGUUAAGAGACGUGAGCAAACCGCAGCCAAUUAAGAGGCGCAGGCUGUACAGAUGUGCGGCAGCCAAUUCAUUCCUGACACAUUUGAAACCCACCAACCUGACAUCUAACAUACUGUUUUCUUUCCAUACAAUGCCUAAGACUUUGCGGCUCAGCAUAUCUCUUGCCUCGGUAACAAUUUCUUUAAUGUAUAUUUUCUUUGGAAUGUCAAUCAAAACAUUAUAUAUACAUUUUUAACUACGACUUGUUAUAAAGCUGUUUACCAAAGCCCAUUAAAGAACGUUCACGGUA